AUAGUUUAUCAUUAAUACCGUAUCGAGAACUUGUCUUGUUAAAGUGACUUUAUAACAAAAGAUGUGAAGAAGACAUACCGUUAAUAGAAAUAAGUUUGUUACUGGAAAAUGACCGAGUUCUGGAUAUAUUUUACAAUUGUUGUAUUCCUUCAUAUCUCUCCGAGUCAUGCUGUUGCGCCCGUUAUAUCUGGUCUUCCAACCUCUAUCAGCGUCGGUGAGCUUGAGACGGCAAAUAGACUUAUAUACACAAUCACUGCGACUGAUGCAGACAAUGACGCCUUCGUUUGUGACGUCGGCAGCACCGUUCCGGCUAAUGGACCUUUUGUGGGCAUAAAAGAUGCAGAUACCAACAAGUACGGCAUCUACACAAAUAGUCCGACAUUCAGUUAUACCACUACUACAGUCCACACAGUUAACAUUGAUUGUAGCGACACCGGAGGAUUGGUAGGGAAUGGAGUUCUAAGUGUGGACAUCAUAGCAGGGGACGCGCUUACUUUCAAUAAUUUACCAGCAUCCACCACUCACGACGCAUCCACUACCCUGAAUGGUGCUUCAAUCUAUAGCCUUACGACAACUGACGCGUUGGGACAUACUACAAAGACGUACACCAUGACAUCAACUCCCUCUACGACGAGCUUCACAAUUGACACAGGGUCAGGAGCAGUGACAGCCGCUAGGGACCUGACAUAUGAGAUUUACACCAGUAUUAAACUGUACAUCACUGUAUCUGAUGGAAGUAUUUCGGCAGUAGAGGUUCUAACGGUACAACUCACAAAUGUUAACAAUGUCCCCACGUUCCUUAAUCUUCCGGCGUCUAUAGAUGUUUCGGAGUCGAUUGCAGCUGGUACCGUCCUCAUAACGUUGACUCCGGACGACGCUGACGCCGGCGCAUCUCUCACCUACGCGAUGGCAGUGAGUCCGAUAGCGUAUGCCGACCUGUUCGCCUACAAUACAAACACUCAACAGGUGACACUCGCUACUGGUAAAAACUUCAACUAUGAGGCUGUGAUCUACUUCAAUGUAACUUUCACAGUAUUUGACCAGUACGCUACUGGCGGUCCGUUUGUGUUGGACGUUCACAUCAAGAACGAUGAUGAACCCUGCUAUUUCGACAAGACUUUCUACUCAUUAAGCACGAACGAGGGAGCGAGCGGAAGCAUCAGUAUCAACCCAAAUUUUAUUAUCAGUGACUAUGAUGGAAUAUCUGCCUACUCGCUGACCUUCACCACAGCAAACAACAGCGAGAGAUUCACUAUUGAUGGCUCUACAGGAGUGAUAGGGUUUGCCGUGGACUAUGAUAUAGACAACAAUGCCAUGUCGUCCACUGUCAUUCUAACUGCUGUAUGUACAGAUGCUACUGGCCAGACGGGCACGACCAACGUCGAAAUCGUUAUAGCGGACGUUAACGACAACGCGCCAACUUUUGGCAGUGCUAGCUAUACCCUGAAUGUUGAUCAGUACACAAGUCCGGGGGCACUGAUUGGCUCGAUAACGCCAACUGACAUCGACUCUGGUAUUAAUGCGGAGUUCACGUGCAGCGCCACUACAACAUCUACCACCGGGUCUACCUAUUAUAAUAUCGGGUCGGACUGCGGUGUAUACUUGACAGCAUCCCCAAGCGGAAACUUAGAUUACGGGACUAUGAUUCGCUUUACCGUGACCGCCACGGACAAGGGAUCUACGCCACUCAGCGGGACAACGUUCGUCGACAUCAUAUACAAGGAAGCAACUACGACGACAACGACGACGACGGCAGCCACAACAACUGACUCCAACUUUUUUGAUGACCCCGGAAGUCUUGCCGCUUUUAUCAUUGCGGUGGUGCUUGGAGCGAUUUUGCUUGGACUGUUGUUGUAUAUGUGCCUGCGCUGGUAUGUAACAGGCGCGUGUUGCGGCCCAAAUCCCUGUGAUUUCUGUAACUUCUGUCGGGGUGAUGGACGUGAUAACUGCUGUCGAUAUAAACAACGGCGACCAAAGAGAAGAGUGGUUACCCCAGAAACACCACCAAAGAAAAGAAGCAAGGAUGAGUUUGAGUAUUGGAAAGAAGAUAGCGAAUAUGGGUCACAGAGCAGGGCUAAGCUGGGAAGAAGUUCUCACCUAAGUAGGCAUCGCGACUACCCGGAUUUUCCACAGGCUGUAAAGACAAUUACGCCAACUGAUAUUGGUAUAGGAUACGGUCGGCCGGGUACAAGAGUUAUUCGUAAUGGAUACUACUAGAGAAAACGGCCAGGUGUUCUGCAAGGACAUAAUUAGCUGGCUUGACUUUUUCGUGCUUCAAUUACAGCUGAUAAAACCGUGUGUUUUUCAUCUGAUGUCUUGAAUUCCACCAUUGCGUUACUGUCUGUUAAUGAACCAUGUGUCUUUCCACUGGUGUUUUCCAUUAUUUCAUAUCGAUACUGAUCAGAGAUUGAACUGCUGUUAUAAUCGAUCAAACAACAAUGUAUUACAUUUUAUCAUUGUGUUAUAUCGUACUUUUUGUAUCUGUAAUUAUUCCUCUUGGUACCUACCGACAUGUUUUUUGUGGAGCGCAUCAUUAUUUAUUACACUAGUUAAGACUUAUAUAUUGAUAAUGUAAUUACGAGUAGUGACACACUUAAAUUAAUUUUCUAUUGACGUCUGAUAUACAGGUAGUGACACUUACAUUGGUUAACUAUUGACGUCUGAUAUACAGGUAGUGACACUUACAUUGGUUUACUACUGACGUCUGCUAUACAGGUGAUGACACUUACAUUGGUUUAAUAUUGACGUCUGAUAUACAGGUAGUGACACUAACAUUGGUUAACUACUGACGUCUGACAUACAGGUAGUGACACACUUACAUUGGCUAACUACUGAUGUCUGAUAUACAGGUAGUGACACACGUACAUUGGUUAACUACUGACGUCUGAUAUACAGGUAAUGACAUUUACAUUGGUUAACUACUGACGUCUGAUAUACAGGUAGUGACACUAACAUUGGUUAACUACUGACGUCUGAUAUACAGGUAGUGACACACUUACAUUGGCUAACUACUGAUGUCUGAUAUACAGGUAGUGACACACGUACAUUGGUUAACUACUGACGUCUGAUAUACAGGUAAUGACAUUUACAUUGGUUAACUACUGACGUCUGAUAUACAGGUAAUGACACUUACAUUGGUUAACUACUGACGUGUGAUAUACAGGUAGUGACACUUACAUUGGUUUAAUAUUGACGUCUGAUAUACAGGUAGUGACACUUAUAUUGGUUAACUACUGACGUCUGAUAUACAGGUAGUGACACUUAUAUUGGUUAAUUACUGACGUCUGAUAUACAGGUAGUGACACUUACAUUGGUUAACUACUGACGUCUGAUAUACAGGUAGUGACACUUAUAUUGGUUAACUACUGACGUCUGAUAUACAGGUAAUGACACUUACAUUGGUUUAAUA